CCAGCGUUGGACUUUGGUUGGUCAGUAUUGACAAUUUGUACAUCGCAAGUAACCAACGUACCUAGUCUUAAGGCUAUUCGGUUCUUUAUUGGUGCGUUUGAAGCACCAACAUACAUUGCUUACCAUUCCUUGUUUGCCUCGUGGUUUAAAGGAAGUACAGGGGAAGUAGCUCGUCGAGCAGGAUUUUUCUACAUUGGCCAGUUCUUGGGAAUAUUAACUUCGGGUUUGAUCUCGGGGGCAAUAAAGAGGCAUUUGGGUGGUGUCAAUGGAUAUGAAGCCUGGCAAUGGAUUUUCAUUGUCGAUGGUAUCAUCAGUCUUGCGGUUGGUCUUAUUGGAAUUUAUAUGAUUCCGGGAACACCUGAAGAUUGUUAUAGCAUAUUUUUAUCCGAUGACGACAUUAGAAUUGCCAGAAGGAGGAUGAGAAAGGAUCAAAAGGAUGCCAAGCCUAGAGAAAAUGAGUUUUACCAUUUCUUCAACUGGGGUCUAUGGAAAAAGGUGCUUUCAUCAUGGCAUAUACACGUCUUAACCUUGUGGACAACAUUUUGUUGGAACAAUUCGAAUGGUACCUCUGGAGCAUAUCCCUUAUGGCUCCAAUCAUUGACGAAAGAUGAUGGUAGAACUCCUCGAUUUGGAGGUGGCCAGUUACAAGACUACACCUCAUUAACACCAGCAUUGGGCAUUUUCUGGUUGAUAUUGACCACUUCAAUUGCCGAUUUGCUCAAAAGUCGUUAUGGGGCUAUAGUGUUUUCGCAGGUAUUCAAUGUGCUUGGAAACUUGUUACUUGCAAUAUGGGACAUUCCUGAAGGUGGCAAAUGGUUUGCAUUUUGUAUGCAAUAUUGGGGUUGGAGUUCGUCUCCGGUACUCUACUCCUUCUUGGGAGAUAUAUGUCGAAGAGAUGUACGUGAGCGUCAAAUUGUUUUAGUUGCAUGUAACAUGUUAGCCCAACUGACCUCAGCAUGGAUUUCAGUCUUGGUAUGGAAGACAGUUGAAGCACCGAGGUUUUUAAAAGGGUACAGUUUCACGGCAGCGUCAGGGUUUGCAUUGGCAGUUUGGUCUUUCCUCGUUUUGUAUUUGUACAGAAGGCAAGAGAAGGCGGCUGCGCUUGAAAAUAACAUUGUCCUUUUUGAUUCGAGUAAAGGCGAAGAGAAGGAAAGUGCUGUCGCAGAGUGA